AUGUUCGAGGUCAACCUCCACACGCCCGAGCAAUUUGGUGCGUUCGUGCCGUGGCUGGUGAUUAAUCGUGGACCCCUUUCUGCUCUCGUGCAUCCCAACACGGGAGAUGAUGUGAGAGACCAUACGCAGCGGGCAACUUGGAUGGGCCAACCAAUCCCACUAGCCGUAGGAUUCUUGCGCGAGAUUUUGCAGAAGCAGGAGGCUGAGAAGGCAGGAUCCAAAGCCAGUGGAGAAUCAUAG